AUAAAUGGUGCCCUUCAUCUCCUGGGAGUAACAAAACUGCAGUACCAUUAUUUGCAUCAUCCAGAGCAUCUUCCGGAGCAACAUACAGAACGACAUAGUUUGGAAUUUCUGCAGCACUAAGGAAUAACAAGAAAGAUCAUGCAACUAACUUUGAAAAUCUUUGCUAUCUUCAUGAUGCAGGAAACUGCAUCAUACGUCAUCUUGCAAAGUAUCGAGACAGGAAACCCCAUUACCAGCGAGACAAUGUACGCUGACUAUCCGUACCUUCGGGAGCUGAACAUGAGCAACCAAAGGACCUUUGAAUUUCCCGAGAAGAAGGUUCUUCUUAUUCACCAAAGCCUUUCGGCAUACAUUUGUAAUAACUGUGGAGUGAAGGCAAUCUAUAACGAAACAUUUUCGAAAUUGCCGCAACUUACGUUGAUAGAGUUGAAAAAUAAUUCCAUGGAAUACGUGCACCCUGAUGCUUUUAUGCAUAACACCCGAUUGGAUAAAAUUGAUUUUUCCGGAAACAAACUGGUCACAUUAAACCCCGAGGCCACCCUACGGCAUAUUUCCUCCUUAUCAAUAGUAAACUUCAGCCAAAAUCCACGGAUGGACAUAAACAACGUGAAACUGGCAAGCGAUAGACUGAUGAUUUUGAGCUGUAAUAAUUGUGCAACGACCUUUCUGGACCGAAACACGUUCGCCGACAUGCCAAGAAUUUCCCAGAUCAACUUGAAGGAGAACUCAAUUGAACAAAUCUUCUAUGAUGCGCUGGAAUCAUUGGAAUAUGUGAAAAGUUUGAACAUCGAUGGAAAUCGCAAUCUGCAAAUCAUGAGCUUCGCGUCCAAAACGCUGAAAAGGCUGAGCGCCGAGAACUGUUCUCUGGAAGGAACGUUGCAGACUUCGAAUUUGCCAGCUCUGAAAAUCGUCAACGUGAGAGGAAACCGACUGACACAUCUGGACGAACUUGGACUCGUGGCAAACCAGAGAAUUACCAGUUUACUGCUAGAUAAUAACGAACUGGAGAAAAUCCCGGAUAAGCUCAUAAAGAUGCCGCAGCUUGAGCGACUGUGCCUGGAUGGAAAUCUUCUCCAGCCAUAUAAGCACACCCAGGAAGCACUAACGGUAUACAAAACGAGAGCUUUACGCCAGAACUGCACCCAAAAUGACAAUUUUUCACACUACUUUGAGUACCAUCUUCCGAGUGACAAUGGUAUUGCCGUGUAUAGAAAGAAUCAGGUGCACAGUGUUGCCAACAAUGGUUCCACGAUAGACUUGUCUGGGAGGAAUAUUGUUUUUAUUGAAUACGAUUACCUCAUGGACCAUGAGGAAGCAAAGGAACUAAUUUUCAAUAACAAUUAUAAGUUUGAUUUCAAGGAAUCGAUGGUUUUUCUCGAGAGCCGUACAAUCGAAGUUCUCUUGAUGAUGAACUGUGCAAUCACUUCUAUCUACGAUAGUACAUUUAAAAAAUUACAUAAUCUGAAAUCGGUGCAUCUUCAAGGUAACAAACUUCAGGCACUGCACAGUAACUUACUUUUUGUACAUAACUCUCAAUUAACCUACAUCAAUUUGGCCAACAAUGAGCUUCAUUUUAUAUCGGAUACGGUAUUUCAAAACUUGCAUAAGUUGGAAAUGCUCAUUUUGGAUCAAAACACUAAUCUGGAAAACACUGUCAUACCAAGUUUUCCUUACAGCAACUCGUUGCGUCACCUAAGCUGUGUAAACUGUGCCUUUGAACGGCUGAACAGCCAGACAUUUAAGUUGUUGCCAAACUUGCGCACUUUGAACCUACAGAAAAAUCCCUUGAAAUCCUUUGACAUCAAUCUGCUAGACCGCCUGGAAACCUUUUGUGUAGACGACACAUUGCUUGAUGUCGCAAUUUUGAACGAAAUUGAGAAUCAGAUUCCGGUGGUAACUGAGCUGGAGCAUCUUUGCGAUGAGCAAAGGUUAUCCGAACGGUUGAGAAAAAAUUAUAACAGCAAAUCGGCUAAGACGAGCGAAUCCAUGGCCAGGAUGACCCAUGAGAGCCAACCAACGAAAAGGGCCUCCCAGACUUCGGCGGGCUCAGGGAUCAGCCUCAGUGUUUCAUUGUUUAUGGUGUCGAUGGUGUUUGCAUGGUAUCGGUAUGUUCAUACAUAUGGCUGUGCGAAUAUUUCAUUUCAGAUCCAAAAUUGAUUGAUUUGUCUUUAUUACAGAGACUUUCAGCCAUACUUGGCUGGUUCGUCUCGCUCUCCACCAAAAUUAAUUAAGAGCAUGUUGAGCAUCCAUUAUUGUUCUAAUUUGGUUGCACUCUAUGCGGGACUCUAUUGAAAAAAAAAAAGACUCUAAAGCAAACUUGGUGACUUAGAGAAAAUUGUGAUUAUUGUUUCCGUUUCGGCUACUUCUCCCUAGGAUCCACUCUUGAGCGAAUCGUAGGUACAGUAGACGUUCGGUCGAUGCAAACGGUUUAACUGCAAUGCUUUGUAACUGCAAGUCCGGUAAGUGCAACAAAUUUGCAGAUAUCGCACCACCUCAUGUCAAAAUUGUGCGCUGUGUUAGCCCAAAUGAACAGUCGGAUGAAGUUCACGUUCAUUUUACGUCAGUUGAUGGUUUGUUGGCAU